ACUUACAGGCUGCAGAACCAGAACGUCUGCUCCUCAGAAAUGUGUACUAUGAUCUGCAGAGUGCAGGAAGACAGUGCAGCACACAGCGCAGGCCUCCAAACUGGUGAUGUCCUUGCAAAUAUCAAUGGCGUGAACACAGAAGGCUUUACCCACCAACAAGUGGUUGACCUGAUCAGAUCGUCAGGAAACCUGCUAACGAUAGAGACUCUUAAUGGAACAAUGAUUCACAGAAGAGCAGAGCUUGAAGCAAAGCUGCAGAUUUUAAAGCAAACCUUGAAGAAAAAAUGGGUGGAGUUCAAGUCUCUGCAGUUACAGGAACAGCACCUGCUUCAUGGAGAUGCAGCUAAUCACCCAAGUUUGGAGAACAUGGACAUGGAUGACUUGGCUUUGUUUGGAGUCCUGCCUGGGCCAAGUCCAGCCCUCAUGGACCGGAAUCGAUUAUCCAGUGAGAGCAGCUGUAAGAGUUGGUUGAGCUCCAUGACAGUGGACAGCGAAGAUGGCUACCAGACAUAUCUGUCUGAGGAUUCCAGCAGGGGUGGAUUCAGCCGCCAGACAAGCACAGAUGAUGAGUGCUUUGUCUCCAAGGACGGGGAGGAUUUUCAGAAGAGUUCUUCAAGGAGGAACCGGACCAUCAGUACCACCAGCAGUGGAUCUUUGUCUCCCUUGUGGGAGGGCAAUUACUCAAGCAUGUUUGGGACUCUGCCUCGGAAAAGCAGAAGGGGAAGUGUCCGAAAGCAACUCUUGAAAUUCAUCCCUGGCCUUCACCGAGCAGUGGAGGAGGAAGAGAGUCACUUUUAAUGGGUCACAGUGCCCUUUCAAAUUGGCUGACAUCAGAAUUCUCUAAACUCGCAGAGAUCAACUCCACCCAGUUCAAUGGGAAAGCUCAGAUGGAUUGUGAAACUGACAGCAUUUCAUAGGGACAGUGAUCUUUAUUUAACAUUUUAUGUCAUUUUUUUGCUUCUUCAAUCAUUUUUCAAACACAGCAGCUCAAGUUCUAAGCAGAAAUCAAGGAAAUUAAAUAAUAAGAUAAUAUUACAAAUUAAUACAAGUUCCUGAUCACUCUAAUGCUGCUGUAAAGGAAAGAAUAGCAUUUAUUUUCAAGAUUUUGCAUGUGAAAAAUGAACUCUUGGAGGCAAGUGUAACUAGAGAGUGACAAAAUGUAAUUAGCAGAUUUACCUUCCAUAGGUGAAUUUGGUCAAUUACAAAACUUUCUUUGCUUAAUUAAACUCAGUAGCCUCUAGAAAGCCUUGAUACUAGGCUUUUGAGUGUUUCUUUUUCAAAUAAAGUAUUAUAAAUAAAGACCAGGUUUCUUACCUUCAUAAUGGCAAUAAAACAGGAAAUAUAAGACUUAAUAGAAGGGGUUACGCUUCACAAGAACCAUGGAAAGAUGAAGUGGGAGAUGGGUGCUGAGAAGUAUAUAAUAAAGUCUUUGUUACAGGCAAUUUAAAUAAAAAGGGUGGGAAUCUCAUUCUUUUUGCCCACUUCAAUUUUUGGUCUGUGUAAACACUGAUAACAAGUUCAGAAAUCUCAGGAUCAUACAGUUUUGUGAUUUUGUCUUUUUUUUUUUUUGGCUACAAAGGUCAAAUUGUUUAAGUUUAGAAAAGGAGGAUGAGGAAAAUGAUUUUCCUCCCAUAGGUUUUUCUCAUUGUUCUUCACCAUACAUAUUCCAAAUAGUCAUCACCUCAGCACGCUUUUCCCUAUGGGUUAUGUUAUGUUCUAGCUUUCCAAUCAUGCUGUAUUCUAUUAAUAUCCAUUAAAGUCCAUGCUUCCUUUGCUUUGUUGAUUUAGCUGUUCGUUUCCUAGAUCAUGAAGUAAAUAGUCUACUAUGCAGUAAACAGUCCUCACAGAUUAUAAGGGGUGUGUGUGUGUGUGUGUGUGUGUGUGUGUAAUAGAGAUGGGUGACUCUGAGUGGAACUGCUACACAUAAGUAAACUUCUAAUUAAUCUGCAGAAAGUUCAUUUUUGAAAAAAGAGUAGGGCAAGAUAGCUUGUAGAGUAGUAAAUGAUAAAACAUAAAUAAAUACGGGUCUUGUAUUCAGUUAAUUCUUGAACUCACAGACAUCCAGUAGACUCUGCCAUUCAGAUGGAAGGUAGCACCUUUGUCAGGUGUACCAGCAAUCCUGCCCACCAUUUACUGAAUGCCUAGUAAGCUAUAGAAAAUUUUUGCUGUUGGAAUGGGUGUUAGGCAUACAGAUAAGAAGGCAGGAAUUUGGAGACAUGUUCUGUGGUCACAUGACUAAUGAGUGGAAAGGCUGUGGAAGCCAGCUCUUCUUGAAUCUAGCCUAUCCUCUUAAUCUCUGUAGAUAUCCUUUAUUUUUUUUCUGGUUCCUUGUUGUUAUAAUUAUUGUACUUUUUCUCUCAUUAAUAGAAAAACCUAAUGUACACUGUAGAUACUGUGUAGAUAACCAUAUUGUCUUCAGCAAGUGGGAAACCAAACACUUAGGGUGACUCUUAUCUCUGGCUUCCAUAAACAAGUUUUCAGAU